UUGGAGCCGACGAGCGGGAUUGUGGCGUCUGGUCACCGGGUGUCUGGCAACGGCUGAGCUCCGGCUCCGGGCCCCGUGGUGUCCUGCGUGUACGGCUCCGGGCCCUGGCGGUGACACUGCAAGGUAUUCAUGGCUACAAAGAUUCAGCAAAGACAGGUGACGAACCCAGCCCAGUCACUGGGGAUGUGGAUGCCUUCCAUUUCAACUGGACAUGAUAUUGGAAGCAGUGAUCAGAGUAGAACACAGUUUUAUAAGACUCAGUUAAAAUUCAAUAAAGAUGUAAUAAAUGCUGUAUCCAACCUGGCUGUGAAAUUCACGAAUCCUCAUCCCAUUGUAAUUGAGAAGCUACGGCAACCUUGUGAGCAGCAGGUACAGGAUGAUGUCCAAAGUUUGCGGAGUUCUAUGCAAUUUUCUGCUGUAUCUGAAGACAGGCUAAAUGUGGCCAUCCAACUGGCAAAGAGAGAUCUGAGGAAAAAGCAUCUAGAAGAACAAGUGAAAGAUUAUUUGUAUAAACACGAAAAAGAUCAGCUGCAGAAUUCAUUAUAUCUUAAUCAUGGAAAAGGGAAAUCUGCUGACAAUACUCCACACACAAUGAGUAAAGUAGAAAUGGAAAGUAUUACAAAACCAAGGCACCAGAGGAAUCAAGCUACAAAAGGGGAGCUUACAAAGUCUGGUGCUAGGGUGUAUAUCUGCACCUCUAACCAAAGCCAAGUUAGACCUGAACUCUCUGAUUCACCACCAACUCAUGACCCAGGUCCACACCUGAGUCAGCGUAACCUGGGCAAUAAAAGUGCAGAGGAGAUUCGUAGGCUGAGAAUGGAGCUUGGCAAGUACUUUCAGAAAAUUGAAGAACUUGCCAAAAGAGAAAAAUCUGUGAAUGUCCUGGAUCCUGAUGAAGAGCGCAGAAUGCAAAUAAAAAGACAGGAACAAGCUACUCGUGCAGCGAGGAUGCUGUAUGUUCUGCAGCAGCAAGUAAAUGAAAUACAGGAAGCAAUUGACAAACAAAGCCCACAUAAGGUGAAACACACCAAAAAGUCUCGAGCCAUGUCUCAGUUAGCAGCUGCACACAGAGGUGCUGUCCGUGCCUUACAAAUGUUUGUUGGUCAGCUUUCUGGGCAAUCAGACCGACAGAUUCCUACCUACUACAAGGAGCUGGGGCAGUUGAUUCGACAACUUUCUCUCUGUUCUGCCAAACUGGAAACUGACACAGACUCUUCCAUACCAGAAACAGUUAUGGAUAUCCUGCAUCAGGUUGAGGGUUUUGAUUCACUGCUUGGGACACAACAUGCUCAAAAGAAAUCAAAUCAAAUGCCACAGAAAGCUCAAAGUGUUUCCGCACCAAACAGAAAAAGAUCCUCGUGUAGGCACAGAAGCUGUUCUGCUGAUAGAGAGCGAACAUCACCCGUCACAAAGGAUAAUGUUUUGAGUGCACCUGAAGGAUUGCCUCCAUUUAAGAUUGAUGAAAACUGGCAUGUUCCUGAAUCUUCCAGACCACAGCAAAGCAGUAGAGAGUCCCCACCACCCCAUUUGGAACAACAGCAGGAGGAAGACCCUCCAACUCCUGAUAGGAAUGCAGCACUGAGGGCUGGAUUAGAAGCUUUACAGCGCGUUGGAGCCUUGAAUAAAUCUGCUACAGAGAAAACAACAACUAAAAAAGGAGUGCUGCUGCCAUAUCAGCAUAAACUGAAGAAAAUGCCUGCAAUGCGUAGCUGCUUUCAGAAAGCUACAGUGUCUUCAGAACUAAAGAAAAAUCAAGGACCACUUAAAGACAGCAAACCUCUUUCAAUUCCAGCAUGUCCUAACCCUUUUCCAAUGUCAUCUAAACGAUUUCCAUUGAAGAAACAGAAAACAAGAUUGGGAGGCCACAUAUCUAUACCUGCAGACAGGAGUCAAAUUAGUUUGCUUAAGGAAAUGGAACAAGAAAGGCGAGAAGCUGCAGGGACUGAAGCAAUCAGGUUGGCAUGGCUUGAUUCCGAGACUGCCCGUAGGAUGAGGGAAUUGAAUGAACUCUGCCAACAAGAAACUGACAGAAUAAAGAAAAUGAGAUCUGAAAUUGCAGCCCCCAAUAAAUGGAUUGAAAAAGCAGAGGAGGAAAUUCGUGAGAGGCUUCAGCCCUUGCUGGACAAAGCACAGGUCAUUAGUGACUCUUGGGAGAAGAAAUCUCGACAUAAAGACUCUUCACUACAACGACAACUAUCAUCAAAAGUUGCUGAUAGGGCUGCAGCCAGUGCAGACUUUCUUGGUGAAAAGAUAUUAGACGAGCUGCUGGAGGACACAGCACAAGAAUUGCUAAGUAUGGAGUUAAAAGCAAAAGUUCAUUCAGAAGCUUUGGUGAUGCAAGAUGAUUCUACACUAGAGAACAUGCUACAAAGGAUGGAAGAGAUGGAAAGAUACCAAGAGUCAGUUCGCAGAAGAAUGUGUCAGAUUGAAUAUGCUGAUCCUGUUUUCUGGGCUGAGGAAGAAAAGCAAGAAAGAGAGUUUGUUCUGAUUGACACACAACCACAUACUCCACAGCCAAUUAAGAUAAGCAGAACGUUCAAGCAAAGUGAAUCCAUGAUGGAUGUAAUAAAACCAAGGUCUUUAGAAGCUGAAUCACUUGAUGACUUAGAAUGCGGUGGAAGGCCUGAACCUGCUUCAGUGUUGGAACCUUUGACGCAGAAACCUUCCAAGAAAAAAGAGAGAGGCACUGCUCUUCCCAUUCCACAAAAUAUGGUCCAGAAUAUCCAUAACUACCGUGAAAGAUUUGACCUAUAUCUAAAAAUGAUUUCACAUGAGGCUGUAGGAAAUUUUAACCCAUGGUUAAUUGCUGAAAGCUUGGCUGAAGAGUUAAUGGAAGAAGGUAUAAGUGAUGUUGCAACUGAAUUCCAGGAUGCAUGUGAGGAGUAUGCUGAAGCCCUGUUCACUGCUGAGUUUAUGCAGCCUGUGGAGCAGGAAAGCAAAACUAAGCAAUCCUCAGUAUCCCUGCAGGAGGGAAGUACUGUGUGAAUUCUUCUUAGAAAACUGUAAGCUCUCACCUGAAAAAGUUGGCACUAAGUAUAACUUGUACAUAACACAUGGAAUGUGUAUCACAGAUUUGCUUGUUGAGCUGUUUGACAAUUUUAUUCUUAAUGUAUAAGACUACUUUAAUUUAUUCUUGACCUUGUUAUAAAUUUAAAUGAUCGAAAACUUUUGUAUUCAUUUCAUUUCUUAGGCUUAAGUUUACAAAAUAGAUUUUCAAAGUAAUAUACAACUUGUCCUCCUUGUCUUUUACAAGUUGGCAGCUAGUCAAAUGUAUUCUUAGACUGGCACAUCUGAAUCUCCAGGCUUGUUUAGAAACUAUUUUUACUAAGAUGCUUUGACUGUUAAAGAUCUGCUUCCUUUAUUUCAAAGCAAUUCCCUGAUGUGAAAGCAAUUCAAAUGUAAAGCACAAGAAACAUAUUCCCUGCAACAUUUUAAAUUUGAAUUGCUUUGACCGUUGCAGAGAUUAAUGUUCCACAGGCAAUGUGUAAAACUGAACAUUUUCUUUGGAAAAGGUGUUCACUGAAUUAUGUUGUAUGUGAUAAUGUAAUAUCUUAUUAACUGUUAUUAGCAUAUUAAUCUUUGCAUGACAGAAAUCCAGGAGUUCCAUAUUUAAAUUUUACCAAGAAUUAGGAAUUUUUCCUCGGGACAGUUCCAGGUUGACCACAUAUUCAUUAAUUUUUUUGCAAUUCUGUUUCAGUGCAGUUAAGUACCCUGCAUCUUUGUAUAUCUGGACGAAUGUCUAUGUGCUUCUAAUUGUUCCCUGUUGAAAUUGGUGAUGAUGGUGAUGGUUUUCCAUCAGAACUCUUGAGGCUCGGUCCUGAGGCUUUGUAGACAAAUCGGUGCAGCUGCACUAUUGGAAACAGUUAAUUUGCUUUAUUUCAUUGUUGAGUGGGUAUCAGUUUUUGGAAUUAAGAAGUGACAACAUACUAUGAUGGAAAGAUUAUAGAAAGAUGAAGUCAGAUCUGCUGAAAUAUAUUUAUCUAAGUAAUCCUCUUAGUCGUAGAAACAGGCCCUUUGGCCCACCACAUCUAUACUAACCAUCAUGCCUAUCUAUUACUAGUCCCAUUCACCUGCAUUAUUUCCAUAUCCCUCUAUGCCUUGCUCAUCUAAGUACCUGUCCAGAUGCCUCUUGAUGUUGUUACUGUUCCUGCCUCCACCACCUCCUCUCUCAGCUCAUUCCAGGUACCAACUAGUCUUUAUGUGGAAAAAAUUUACCCCCUAGAGCUUCUUUAAACCUCCUCUCUCUCACCUUAAACCCAUGCCUUCUAGUUUUAGGCACCUCUACCAUGGGAACAGACACUGGCUAUCUACCCUGUCUAACCUCUCAUUAUUUUAUAUACUUCUAUCAUGUCACCUCUCAGCCUCCCUUGCUCCAGGGAAAACGGGAUCAGCCUAUCCAAUCUCUCCUUAUAAUUCAAGCCCUCUAAUCCAGACAAUAUCCUUGUGAAUCGUUUCUGUACCCUCUCUAGCUAAAUCACAUAUUUCCUGUUGUGCGGCAACCGGAACUACACACAAUACUCCCAAGUGUGUCCUCAGCAAAGUUUUGUAAAGCUGUACAUGAUGUCCUAACUCCUGUAUUCGAUGCUUUGACCAAUGAAGACAAGCAUACUAUAUAUCUUCACUACCCUGUCUACCUGUAUUGCCAUUUUCCGGAAACUAUGUACUUAUACCCCAAGGUCUCUCUGUUCAGCAAAACUUCUCAAGGCCUUGCCAUUCACCGUGUAUGUCUUGCCAUCGUUUAAUCACAAAAUGCAACACUUUGCACGUGUCCAAGCUAAAUUUCAUUAGCCAUUCCCUUGCACACUUUCCCAUUUGAUCUAUAUCAUGUUGUAGCCUUAGUGGCAGUGAAGAAGGUUGACUAUGCCACCAAUUUUGGUGUCAUCUAUAGACUUACUAAUCAUGCCUACAUUCUCAUCCAGAUCACUAAUAUAUAUGACAAACAACAAAGACCCAGCAUCAAUCCCUGCUGCACACCGCUGGUCACAGGCCUCCAAUCUGAAAAACAACCCUUCACUACCACCCUCUGCCUUCUACUACCAAAGCAAUUCAGUAUCCAAUUUGCUAACUCACCCUGGAUCCCAUGUGAUCUAAUCUUCUGGACCAGUGGGGCUUUGCGAAAGUCCACAUUAACAACGUCUACUGUUCUGUCUUCGUCAAUCCUCUUGAUCACCUUAAAAUAAAAACUUAAUCAUAUUCAUGAGACUUGAUCUUCCACAAACAAAGCCAUGCUGAUCACCCCUAAUCAGUCCUUGCCUUUCCAAAUGCAAAUAAAUCCUGUCCCUUAGAAUCCUUAGAAUAACUUUCUCACUGGUCUGCAGUUCUCUGGCUUAUCCCUGCUGCCCUUCUUAGAAGAAGGUGCAACAUUAGCUAUUCUCCAGUCUUCUGGUACCUCACCUGUGGCUAACGAAGAUACAAAAAUUUCUGCCAAGGCUCCAGCAAUCUCUUCCUUUGCUUUCGAUAACAUCCCAGCCUCCAUGUUCUCUUCCAUAGUACAUACAGAUGAGAAGUAUUGAUUUAAAACCUUGCCCAUUUCCUGUGGCUCCACACGUAGAUUACUACACUGAUCCUUAAAGGGACUUACUCUCUCCCUAGUUACCCUUUUGCCCUUAGUAUACUUAAGGAAUGUAUUAGAAUUCUCCUUUACCUUAUCUGCCAGGGAUAUCUCAUGGCCCCAUUUAUGCCCUCCUAACUUCCUCCUUAAGUGUACUCCUACAUUGCUUAUACUCCUCAAGGGACUCAUGAUCCCAGCUGCCUAUACCUGAUGUAUGAUUCCUUUUUCUUGAGCAGUUCCUCAAUAUCUCUCAUCAACCAAAGUUCAUCUUGCCAGCCUUGACCUUCAUUCUCACAGGAACAUGCUGGCCCUGAACCCUCCCUGUCUCAUUUUUAAAAGCCUCCCACUUGCCAGCCGUCCCUUUACCCACAAACAGCCUCUCCCGAUCAACUUUUGUGAUCCUGUCUAAUGCUAUCAAAACUAGCCUUCCCCCAAUUUAGGACUUUCACUUGAGGACCAGUCCUAUCUUUUCCAUAACUAUCUUGAAGCUCGUAGAAUUAUGGUCAUUGGUCCCCAAGUGCUCCCCUGUUGACACAUGAACCACUUGCCCAGCUUUAUUUUCUCAGAGGAGAUUGAGUGUAGCCCCUUCUUUUGUAGGGCCAUCUACAUAUUGCUUCAGAAAACUUUCCUGGAUACACUUAACAAAUUCUGCUCAUCUAAUCUCUUGGCACUGAAGCAGUCGUGGUCAAUAUUAGAGAAGUUAAAAUCACCUACUACUACAAUCCUAUUAUUCCCACACCUAUCUGUGAUUUCCCUGCAUAUUUGCUCGUCUAACUCCUGCUGUCUAUUGAGGCAUAAUAUAAUCCUAACAAAAUGAUUACCACUUCCUUGUUUCUUAGUUCUACCCAUAUGCCUCAUUGAAUGCUCUCCCCCGCCCCCCAGGAUAUCCUCUCUAAGUACUGUCUAAUCAAUAGUGCAACUCCCACUCCUCUCUCACCUCCACCUUUGUCUUGCCGGAAGCACUGAUACCUCUCCAUCCUCUAUCUUCCAUCCUGGUUCACCUGACUGAAACCAUAGGUUCAGUACUCUUAGUAGUUCCAUGUGGUGUCCUAUUACUGUUUUUUGAUUUUGCUCUUAAACAUUUUGCCAAGUUUUCGUUAAAAAGGUUGAGAGUGUGGGGCCACCCACUGAAAUUACAGCACGUUAAAACUAAAGAAUUUUGAUGUUAGUGUGUUUUAGAUCAAUAACAAUUCCCAUAUGGUAACAUAAGCUACCAGCACAAUCGAUUCAAACAAAAGUUUAUUUUUUAAUUUAAUAAAUUGACUGUAUUGAAUAAUUUGUUUUUUAAAAAUAUCAGGAUUCUUCAAGAUGAUACAUGAGUUAGCAUUUUGCAAAUUGUUAAACGUAACUGAACAAAUGAGUUCAGAUUACUGUUUUAAUAAGGAUUGUUGAGAAGCCUUUCAUGUAUAUAUUGGUGCAGCAUCAUUAUGGCAACAACCCUUCAUUGUGCUCUGCCAAUCUUGUCUAAAUCCCUGGGUUUGACCAAGUUAGGAAAAGUUUGGUAACAGGAUUUAUCUGGGGUAAUUUUAAAGUAAAAAGUAAAGUUAAAACAUUUUAAAGAAUUGUAUUUUGAAGAAAAAGUAAUUGGAACAUAGUCAUAAGUAAUGAAUUUCUGAUUUUAUUCGCAACAGACUUUUUAAUGUGCCUUGAUUUUUAAAAACAAACAGUAGAGCAAGUUAAUUAUAAUUGAAAUAUAUUUUUGCACAGGUUUUUCUCAGGUGUAUUGCAAUGGACUAAAACCAUAAUUCUGUGUUUAGUAUAUGCAGGAGCAAAUAACUUUUUUUUAAAAGUUUUGAACACGUUGCUCAGUAAUGAAAAGUGUGAAAAUUGUAGUUUGAAAUUUGGGCUUAGUGAGGCAGAGCAUCUUGGUUCCUGAUCAGGAGCUAAAAUUCAAAGUUUACAAGUUGGAUUGCAAACUCUUGCUCUUUGACAGGAGAGGUAAAUCUCGGAAAAUUAGCAUGACCUUGGGUUUGCUUUUUUGGAACUCGGGUAAAUAAUCAACUUGAGCAGUCAGUUUUGAAUGAAUAGUUAAGUUUACAUAUGGAACACUGAUACUGUUCAGAGUGCCCAGUUUUGCUUUAGCGAUAUUGGGGGGUGGGAGUUGAGAAGGGUAGGAAGGGAACGGGUAAUUUCGAAGAGGUAGUUAUCAUGCAGGCACCUCCAUACCUCUGAUUUAUGUGUAAUGUAUAAGGUUGAGAUUUUUAGCAAUAGUCUGUUCAGGUUUUCAGCCUAAACCCAAGUUAGAAAAAGUCCGGUAAUAGGAGCUAUCUGAAUAUCAUUGAAUUUUUCUGUGUUUGUAACUAAUUAUUUUAAUGUGUGGUUUAAAGAUUGUGCUAGCUAGUGUUUUCAAAAACUGCAUCAUUUCAAUAUCUUGGGCACAUAAGAUUAGAAACUGGGUUCUGGUUUAUAAGAUUGAAUAACUGAAAAGUAUGUUUACAUAUUUUGUAUAAUUAGUCUUUAAAGUUUAUUCUUGGACUGCCUUGAACAUUUUUGUUUUGUGUAUGGAAAAAUAUUUUU